GGAUCAACACGUCACUUUGGUUCGACUUUGGCUGCCUGCUACGAAUGUACUGGGACCGCCGGCACGAAUAUUUUUGGCAUUACUCUAUUGCAAGGACCGGGGACAACCAGAAGACAGUCAACGCACAUUCCGUGAAUGCCAGGUCUGAUGGCACACCGCCACCCGUUUAUGGUUGAUACUUUCGAGGAUGGCGUUCACUCGAGUUGUUCCCUCGUCCAGCCAAUCAGAGAAGCUGCGAGAACGUCUUCCACCCCAACACAGUUCUUCCUCAAGUUGCGGAACAUCCUGCUGUCGUCUGUUCUCUGGCCUAUUCUCAUUGCAAUCCUGAUGGUUGUGUCCGUAUCUAUGGUUGCAGUAGGCGCCAUCUACAAAGACGACUGUCUCCUGGAGCCGAAGAUCCCCAUCUUUUUGAUUGUGACAGGAGCCUGCUAUUUCCCCGAAACCCUAAUUGCUUUGGUCGUUUGGUACCGCCGAGUAGGGCAUCCGGAGGACAAGAAAUCCUCACUCUGCAGAGUCGUAAGUGUCCUCCAACGAAUCGGACUGUGUCUCCUGCUUUUAUUCAUGAUAGUGGGAAAUGUAUUGGUCUAUGGUAACUACCCGCCAGGAGAUGACGAAGCUUCCAAUGACUACUGCUAUGAACCCCUGUACUACUUGGCGUUCUGGCUGAUGACGGCCACGUUCAUUGCUGUGGUCGUCAGCUGUUUAUUCGUCGGGGCCGUGACCCUCUGCUUGCUGGGGUCUUCCUUCUGCCAGGAGAAGACGUAGCAGUGUUGGCAACGCGGCGAUUUAUUGGAGCUCAAUGAUGCUCUAGGCAUACCAUCCCGGACGUGCUCGUCCGUCGGCCCCGUGCCUCACGGGGCCGUGGGGGCAGGGGAAAUAUGUUACCAUUUUCUAAGGAAUUGAAAUUGUCAAAACUGUGAAGACUGUAUAUUGUGUCACAAUAAUGAUUUCAUCACUGAACAAAAUGAUAUCAGGUUUUAGGCAUAAGUAUCCACUUCACCUAUCUGAACACCAGGAUAUGCCACUAGAGUCAGCUAAAUAUACCGGUGGCCGUGGUGGACCUGUUAUUGUUUCACAGGUAUAUCAUUUACUGAACGAGCAAAACUGGUCUAUGCAUAAGACUAUCGUACCUGUCAUUAAUGGCGUAAAAGACAAAAAUGUACAAAAGCAGAAUCAAAGAUUAAAAGAUAAAUUGAUCGCAUCAAAUCUUUCGGAGAAUGAAAUCAAACCGACUGCAAUUGGCCCAAGCCCAUGAUGGAGGUAAUCAUGCCCUACGAGUUGGCCUUGAGGGGUGAUUUUGGACAAGAUGACUCUGGAAUGGUAAAGCUGUUGCCGGGUUAAAUAAAAAGUAACUUAAGCAGUCUUGCUGUGAAAUCCU